AUGCAUGAGUCCAUGUUAAAGGACGGAAAUAGAUCAAAAGGAGCUGGAUAUGGAGAUUUACCUUUUCAUUUAAAUAUUAUUUCCGGUUUUGUGACAGGAUGCAAUCAUAUGCGUGAUUCCUUCUUCAAAAUCAAUACAGUUUUCUACUCAGGAGAAAAACUCGCUUAUCCUUACAUGACUAACUUCUUUACAGCAGUUUUAAUAGGAACAGGUAGUGCAACAAUGCGUGGUGCAGUAUACUAUCCAUCUCUUAUGAUGUGUAUCUCUUUAUUAGUUGGACAAUACUAUAUUGGCAUAUUAUUCCACAAAGAUCAACUUGCGUGCUUGAUAGCUUUAUUUACAUUCAUAAAUCUAGGUGGCCUUGGCUUUACAAGGCUUUUGGACCCUACGAGAACUGAUGGAGAUUUAAUUCACAACUGGGGUAACGAUAUUUACGAAUAUUGGUUCCAUCCAAUCAUGCAUGUUCUUGUACCUCAAAGAGCAUCUUUAUGGUCGAUGCCGCUUUGUUAUUGGUGCUUAAUUGUCCUUAUUAAAGGAAUUAAAGCAAUGAAAUGGCAAUACUUUUUACUAGCAGCUGUAUAUGUCGGAAUUACACCUCUUGUACAAGUCCAUUCUUACGUAGGAUUAGCGCAAUGGGCAAUUGUAUUUGCAGCCUUAAAUUUCCCAUGGAAAGACAAGUCAAAGAUGCUUAAACAUGUUUAUUUAUGGGCAAUAUUUGGAAUUGUAGCUAAUGUUUUAGCCGUUCCUCAAUUUACUCCUUAUCUCAAAAGAUUAGAAACAAAGAAAACGGAUAAAGGUAGCGGAUUCAUCGUCCUUGAUCCAAUAUGGAAUUCUUCCGGGAGAAAACAGGACAUUUUUGCUCCAAUUAGACUUUGGUGGAGAGGAUUAGGCAUUUUCUCCUUCAUUACUUUAAUAUCCGUAUGGGUAUAUCUUAAUAAGUGUCAAUAUAUUCUCUAUAUCCCUUCAUUUGUCGUUUUUCUUGUUACAAAUGUGAUAAGAUAUCAACCUUGGGAGCUUGAUAACUCCAAAGUGUUUUAUGCAGCAUGGAUUCCAUUAGCCAUUCAUGCAUUCGGAAUAUUUAUCGCUAAAUUAUGGCGAAAAUCCAAUUGGAAACUGAUAUCUGUACUUUUCUUGUUCGUGGCAUGCUUCAGUUCCUUCAGAUUCUUCUUUGUAGCUAUGAAAGGCAAGAAUCCGAUGUUCGAAGAAGAUUCCAUUGAGUUUGGUCAUUGGGCUGCAGAAAAUACACCUGUAAACUCAAUUUGGCUGACUUCUCAAUGGCAUGGAAACCCAGUUCUCACAUUUGCAGGACGUCAGAGCUACAUGGGAUAUGGAGGAUGGCUUCUUUCCCAUGGUUUGGAUUAUUUCGGAAGAUAUGCCGAAUCAGAUCGGAUGAUGAGGAUGCCCGAUAACUUAGAUCUCUUUAGAAAACACAAUAUAACGUAUGUUGUGUCCCACAAAGGCGAAUUUACUGGUUGGAGAAAAGUAACUCGAAUUCCUGGCUGGACAAAGAUUUAUGACAACUUUAACUUCGAAUGCUGGAAGUAUACUCCAGAUAAUGUUUAA